UUGACAACCUUGGAUAUUGAAAAGAUGAAGUUUACAGAGUUUACCACGUUUACAGCUGUGUUCCUCUCCACAUUGAUACUAAAAGUUGAAACCAGUAAUUGCUCGAGAACUAUAAAAUGCCUGAAAGACCUUCCUUUCUAUAAAAUUCGUUUGAUUGGAGAGUGGUUGGUAAUCGAUUGUUCUGUUAAUACAAGUGACAACGUAACUCUUUGGCAUGGUAACAGCCAAAUGAAUACCGACAACAACAGAGUAACCAUGGUUUCGAGAAAUGUCUUCAACUUGACAAAUCUAACGCAAGCCAUGGCGAACGAGGAGUACACAUGUAGGGCUUGUGGGCGCAACGCUUGUGGUACCAAAUCUCUCAGAAUCUUCCUUCUAUCAGAACCAAAGGCUUACGCGGUUCCAGUAAUAAGGAAACACCCGGAUUAUUCCAUAUAUGAUAUUGGAGGCAGUGUUGAGUUGCAAUGUCAUGUUGAAGAAGCCUCCAACAAGUAUAGAUUUAAAUGGAGAAAAGUCGGGUCCAGCAGAAUAAUUAAAGAAGACAGGAAAUUGCGCCUAAAUUCAUUAUCCGAAAGUGACACGGGGACAUAUGAAUGUGAAUUAAGUCGUUUUGCUGUGCGUUAUAUAACCCAUAUGGCCGUGAAUAUAUCUGUGAAAGCCCCACAGGCUUCAGUAGUUCGCAUAGAUGAUGCGCGCACUGUCUUUCGUCAGAAAAAAGGAGAAACUUUCUCUCUAUCGUACGAAGUGUUAUCCUAUCCAGCUUCUGAUAUUUACUGGUGGAAAUCUGAAGAUGGGGAGAUGUGGGAAGUUAUAGCCCAAUGUUUGCCGUUAGGAAGUUGCGAAGUUUACGAGGCGAAUCAUAAUAUAACAAAGAAAAGUUUUAAGAUAAAGGAUCUUGAAUUUCCUCAGCACAAUCUCUUUUACAAAUGCAACGCAAGUAACGCAUAUGGAAAUGAUUCAAAAAUGUUUCAACUACAAGUCCACGUGGCACCCGUGAUAAUAAAUAUGCAGGAGAGAAUGAUAUUUACGAAAGGAAUGUUAAUAAAUUGUACCGUGAACGAAGUUAACCCACCCGAGAUUGACUACACCUGGUAUUCAUGCUACACCCGCAAUUGCGAUGACAAGGAUUGGAAAUUUGAAAGUAAAACAUCGUCCUUACGACUUGAUCGUCUGCUAAAACCUGAGAUGACGUAUCGAUGCACAGCACAAAAUGCUGCUGGAAAAGCAUCUAAGAAAGUGACCGUGUUCAACAUUGAAAAACUUCAAGUUACUUUGAGCAAGGUAUCAUCUGUCAUUCCAAUAGUUGUUCCUGUUGCCAUAGUAUCCUUGAUCAUUUUGAUCUUGGUUUGCAUAUAUUUAUACAAGAGAUACUAUCAUGAAAGUGGCACCGUAAAGACGUCAACUGCUCUUACGGAACAUGAAACGUUUAAACUCACGUAGCUUAAGAGAAAUGUGUUUCGUCAAAUAUGAAUUUAAAAAAGAGUUUUGGUUACAGUGGGGCUGCGCUAUGGUAUUAAUAGUCUACCAAAGCAGGCCAAGGAAGCAAAAUCUUUAGGUAUCUUUAAAAUAUGAUAAAAUAUUGUAACUAUACUGAGUCAGACAUCGAUUAUUCCUAUUUUUUAUCUUCUUUAAU